AUGGCUAAACUUCUAAUGCUCCCCUGUAAACAUCUCAAGUCAAUCACCUGCUUAUUCUUUUUAGCCACCACCCGUUGGCGUGCUAGUUCAGCUAGAAUUCUCGACGAUGUCACCCCACAAUUUCCUUUCCCGAUCAAUGUCUCGAAUCAGACCGUGGCUCCUACCACUUUACCUAGUGGUAAAUUGUCGGCCACCACGACUGGCCAUAUUCCUCCUACAGAACUGGCUGCUCCAGUUGUUGGGCCUGCAGCUAGUACUUCUAACAUUGAGCCAGCACAAACCACCAUCUUGGUACAUGUAGCCACCACAACAUCGAGCGAAGCAGUUAGUAGUGCCACCUCAAUGAAGGGGAGCGUCGCACCAACAAAUGCGAGUCCAGAAUCACCACUCUUAGUUCCACUCAACACAAUCAAUGGCGUCAUCAACAAUAACAAUUUCCCCUCCCUCAUAAGUCUCAAUGGUUCACCAACCAACACCGUCUUACAAAACAGUGGAAACAACAACAUAGUAAAUAGUGGAAACAACUAUGCCUUUGUUACUGCAGGGCAGCUUCUAGGUGGCCUUACCCUUCAACAACUUAUGUUCGGUUCUGUUACUGUGGUCGACAAUAAGAUAACCGAAUGGCAUGAAUUGCGAUCAGCGGUACUUGGAAAGGCUCAAGGAUUCUACAUGGCGAGCUCUUCAGAUUGUAGCAACCAUAUGCUUGUCCUGACAGCAUUGUUUCAUGGUCAUCAUCACAAAAUUGACGACAGGUUAGUUUCUUUGGAGUUCACAGAAUAG